UAGGUUUAUUAUUGUCUUGUGUACCGAGGUACAGAGAAAAGCUUUGAUUUGCGUGUUAUCCAUCAGAUCAGAGAAACUAUACAUAAAUACAUUGAAGCUAAAUUCAAGUACAAUAGGUAGAGCAAAGAGGAAGAUACAGAGUGCAGAAUGUAGUUCUCUGCAUCAUAGCGCAUCAGUUCCAUAGAUAAAGUCCAAUGUCCGCAAUGGGAUAGAUGUGAAUUGGACAGUACCCUAGCUUAUGGAAGGACCAUUCAGAAGCCUGAUUCCUUUUAUAAAGAUGAAUAAAUUAAUUGGUUAAACAUCUAAGAAGCCUGGUAACAGUGGGGAUGUAGCUGUUCCCGAGUCUGGCGGUGUGCACCUUCAUGCUUCUCUGCUUUCUGCCUGACAUAAAUGGCGAGAAGAAGGAAUGACUGGGGUGGGACAAGUCUUUGAUUAUGUUGGCUGCUUUUCUUAGACAGCAUUAAGUGUAGAUGGAUGUCAAUGAUGGGGAGUCCGUUCAGUGUGAUGGACUGGGUUACAUCUACAACUUUCUGCAUUUUCUUGCGGCCUUGGGCAGAGUUGUUCCCAAACCAAGCUAUGAUGCAACCCGACAAUAUGCUUUCUAUGGUGCAUCUGUAGAGGUUUUUUAGAGCCAUUUUAAGUCAUGCUGAAUUUCCUCAGUCUCCUCAGGAAGUAUUCGUGUGCCUUCUUGGCUGUCACAUCAAUGUGGAUGGUGCUCUAUCCUAGUUUCACUUCAAUUGGCAGAUAUGGAGUUACCACCACAGUCACAAAUAUGGCAGAGGACUUGUUUUAAUGUGACUCUAGCUAAUCAGUAGCCAAUCCACCACAAUAUUUUUAUCCUCAAAGAUGGAAGAUGAAGAAAUGAAUAUGCAUUGAUGGUCAGAAUGAGGGGUGUCCAGGUACUGUGCAUGGUGUUCAUCUUGUGGUGGAUAGCCAUUUCCACGAGUGAUAUUUCUACCCCAGACCAGCUAGUGGCUACCCAAGGAGAAGAUAGCUUCUUAGUUUAGUUUUGUUUCGAGAUUUAGCAUGGAAACUGGCCCUUUGGCCCACCGAGUCUACACUGACCAUUGAUCACCCAUUCACACUGGUUCUGUUAUCCCACUUUCUCAUCCAUUCCCUGUACACUAGAGGCAAUUUACAAAGGACAAUUAACCUACAAACCCGCACGUCUUUGAGAUGUGGGACAAAAUUGGAGCAGCUGGAAGAAACCCACAUGGUCACAUGGAGGACGUGUAAACUCCACACGGACAGCACCCAAAGUCAGAAUCGAACCCGGGCCUCUGGUGCUUAGAGGCAGUGGCUCUACCCGGUAUUCCAUUGUGCUCCGCUAACAUAGUUCCAGAUUGCACUAGGGUCCGGCUCAAAAUAAUAUAGACCAUCCGUACACUCACAUCAUGCUUCUGCUUGGAGCCAACUUGUGAUAGAUCCCAUCAACCACAGAGUUCAUCAUUGUCCAUUAUUUUCAGCUUCUGUCAACAGGAUUAGGCUUGACAUCAGUGUGGCUUGGGAAUGUAGGGCCAACAAUAAUAGGAAUAUUAUUAAUAGAAAACUGAUGGGCAACUUUCUCACAGAGGGUGGUGGAACGUGCUGCCAGAGGAGGUGUUGAAGCAGGUAGAAUAACAACAUUUAAAUUACAUUUGGACAGGUACAUGGAUUUGAAAUGUCUAGAGGGGUAUGGGCCAAAUGUAGGUAGGUGGAACUAGUAGAUGGGGCAUCUUGGUUGGCACAGGCAAGUUGUGCCAAUGGGCCUAUUAGUUAGUUUUGUUUAUUAUUGUCACAUGUAUUGAGGUACAUCGAAAAGCUUUUGUUGCAUGCCAUGGUCAGCGGAAAGAAUAGCCAUCUACAGUGUACAGAUACACGAUAAAGGGAAUAACGUUUAGUGGAAGAUAAAGGCCUGUUUCCUUGCCAUAUGAUUCUAUCUCUAUACAUAAAUACAAUCAAGCCAACCACAAUGCAAUAGUUAGAGCUCAUGGGAAGAUACAAAGUGCAGAAUAUAGUUCUCAGCGUUGCAGUGCAUCAAUUCCAGCUUGUUUACAUUUAAAUCCCAGUAGCCGGCAGCAGGGAGAGAUUAAAACUGAUUUCCCUUGGCUUGCAUCAAGGGCGCUGACAAUCUGACCCCAUCAGUCAGCCAAGCAGCUUCGGGCUCCCAAUUGGGUCCAGGGGUCGCAGUCCAGCUGCCUCGGGUCUAAUUGUGUCUGGCUGGAGGUGGGGAUGGUGGAGAAAGGAGCGAUGGCAGGACUCGACACGCAGAAUUUGGACUUGUUGAACGAGUCUGAGGUGAAAGGUCACAAUCUAACGCCAGAUGCAAGAUCGGAGCUGGAGGAAAAUGGUGCAUCGUGUGAUACGGGUUUGCCAGAGUCCCCAUCUUCUGAACCCAUCCAUAAGAAACCCUCCUCUGACGCCUUGCUUCAUAGUAACAUGGAACGGAUGCGGAGAGUCCGCAUCAAGGAUUGCUGUGACCAGUUACGUAUGCUUCUGCCUUACGUGAAGGGAAGAAGAACUGAUGUGCCAUCUAUCUUGGAGAUGACUGUUGAGUACAUGAGGCACAUUUAUGGGAGAAUCCCAAACAGCAUAAAAUCACAGAUUCUUGAAAUCUUUCAAACAAAUCCGAGGUAUUGUAAAUAUAUAUGGAAGGCAGAUGAUCGCAAGUAUCCUCAAAACCAGUUAAUACUCCGGAACAGAGUCUUUGGCAGCAACUUAUCUUCUGAAAGAAUAAAACCAAAAAUUCCACACCAAUUCACCAGAAAUGAAUAUUUCAACAAUCACAAAACAGAUGGUACGAGUUCCAUGAAUGGCUCGUUUGUAUAUCCAAUGGCUGCUCCUGAAUCCAAUCAGUAUUACAUUCCUGCUGUCAAAAGAUUAGUCCCGCAACUUCAAACAAGUUUGCCUUCAAACAUUCCUUCGCCAUCUCUCAUUUCAGUUCCAAGUAUCUGCUUCACUAAUCUCCCCAACAGCUCGAUUUUCCUUUCAACUAGCUGUUCCAGCAAUUCUUUCCCAGUGUUUACACCCUGGGCACCUGAUGUCUCCAGAUCUUCUCUUGUAUGCUCUCUUCUGCCUGUUUCAAGUGACAGUGCAAGUUCUCUAUCAUUGUUUCCUUCUGGAUAUUCGGUUGACCAUUUUCCUCUAGCUUCCACUUCCAUCACACAAACUAUAGACACAGCUAUUCCCUCAGCAAUGACAUUCACUGGCAUGAACCACGUGCCAACUAAUCUGCCAGCCCAACCUUCCCCAGCAGUGUGGUCAACCAGUGGAGAACAAGCUGGAGCAGGACAAAGAGAAAACGUUGGCAAAAUCAUUCACUAGACCCGUUCUGCAAGGAAAGUAAAGUUUGAUGUUUCUUCUGUGUACAGAAGAUAAGAGAAAUAGAAGAUUGUUGGAAAACUAAAUCAACUUUGAAGAGGAAAGAAACUUUCAAUAAAAAGUUUUGAUUAUAAGUGAGUGGGAAAAUGGCCUAAAGUCCCAAUCGUGAGUUACUUUGAUGGCCAAUUAUUGGGAGAUAUUUGGAAACUGCUUUAGGCAACUAUAGUUAGUGCCGGGAUUCAUCAACUACAAAGCAGCAUCUCUUCUGUAUUCUGGGAUCGCAAUUUCCACUGCAGAGAAGCCUAUUAUUUUGCUAACAAAAUAAUUUUGUGAAGCAUUACAAUUAAAACCAUAAUUAAAUACAUUGGGUUUAAUCAAACCAAAAUGUAGACUCU